UCGGUUAGAUGCUCUGAUUCCUCAUUUGUCGAUAUGUUGUCGGAAAUAGUCUUUAGUCGGCCUCGAGCGGCAAGCACAACGCGAGACGCAAUUGCUCAAGAGGAUGGAUUCUGCAGGGCAUGGCGAGGAGGGGUGGUGGGAGGAUGUAUGGUCACGGAUGGGCAGAGGCACGGAGUAGUUCGUGAACAGUACUUUGAGGGUAUCUUGACGAGCUUCCUUGAAAAAUUAGAGUUUUGAAUCUGACAGUAUCUCUUUCAGUUGCCUCGAAGUCUCACUUGUGGGAGUCUUUUGUUUCGACAAGCUUUUGAGUGUGCAGACGUUGAUUCUUGCUAGGAAAGUUCAGGUUUUGGGAAACUGUGUGGUUGCAUAAAUGGAACAGGAAUCUAGUAAUGGUCCGGUACCGGUCCAUUCGGAUGUCGUAGUAGAUGUAGAUAGUGGCGAUGGCAGCAGAGUAGUUGCAGGUAGCGGCGAUGGCAGUGAAGUGGUUGCAGGUAGUGGCGAUGGCAGCGGAGUAGUUGCAGGUAGCGGCGAUGGCAGCGGAGCAGUUGCAGAUAGCGACACUGACAAAGAAGACAUUACUGCUAGGAAUCAGAUCAAAAUCCUUCGAUGGAUCGAGUCGAGCACCCGACACAAGAAGGCUCUGGAGUUUUGGGAAGCGCAGGACAACUUAUGCACUAGGAGGGUCGACAACAAGAGAAAGCAGAGCUUGGCCCUGAAGAAUGAGGUGUACCAGCUUAUAGGGUUCUACAGCGUCUUUCAAGGUGUGUUGCUUACAGCAGUUUCUCAAUCGAAUCUCCUGCAUUGCAACAACUGGGGAUUCCCAUUUUCUCUGUCCUUGCUCGCAUCCUGCUCUGCAAUCGUUGGAGUCUACCUGAAGUUUGCAGCCGUCUGGGAGCUGGAGAAAACUAUCGAAUCCGAGAAAAUGUCACGUCAGCUCUACGUCAACCGAAUAGAAAGGCUUCGAUCUAAAGGAAAGAAAUUUAAAUUUUCUGAACACGCUAAAAAUGGUUCAAUGGUACCGGGAGGAAGUGGAUUCGCUGGUUUCAUAUUGGGCACUGGUGCGGUGUUUUUGGUACUAAUAUCAUUCUCAGCCAUCUUUGCAGCUGCAGUUCAGCGGAUUUUGUGCAACCCCGGACCUUCCCUAUUGCCACGUCAAGUUUAAGUCGCAUGGCCAGUAACCGUUCCGGUGAACAUGUUGAAUAAUGUGCUUCAAAAAUGAUAGGGAUUCGCGAAUGCGAAUUCUUGACGUCAGAGGAAUGCAAACAAUGUGCUAAAUUUAUUCAAAUUAAUCCUUCAAGUCUGAGCUGAGGCGAACAUGAAAAAGGAAGGAUUGUUGAAGAUAAGGUUGUUCUGAACAGAGAUCACUUCCAUCGGUUGCAAUGCUAAGAGUGUAUGUAGACUUGGUUUGUAUGUACAUGCCACGAUUGCCUUGUCAGUAGAAUUUUUAACUGUUUGAAUAAGACUGUCAUUUGGCUUUUUUCUCAUCUACCACGAAUACUCUGAUUUUCUAAAAGACAGACCGAAAUUUCAUUUGAAGGCAAGGAAUGCAGGACUGUUCUUUGCGAUUGUUGAUUUUGAAACCAGAAUUCUAGUCUUAAAUAGAUGUGGAUGUAGAAAUUCCAUUUAUCAAGAAUACAUGGCGGCCUGUAGUAAGGAAAGUGAAACAAUUGUAAUCUCUAAUGACGAUACUCUUGAAUCCAGUACUGUUACAGUGAUCCAGGAAAGUUUUAUCUUAGCAAUGCUAGAUCCAAGGACAGACAGACUUUACACGAAUGAACCGCUUCACUACAGACAUGAAAAGCUACCACAGGCCAUGGAUAUUGGAAUCCAGCUCCAGUCGCCACACUUGGAGAAGUGGGACCUUGUAAACUUGUAAGGAUGAGGCAAUGAAGUUCUGAAUUCAGGUA